CUUAUAACUACAUGAAUAAAAGUUAAUGGGAAUAAAAUUAAUCGAAAUGGAUAUUUCUGGAAGGAGUCUUUUUCUUGUAGUAAGUUUUCCAACGAUGAAUGCAACGGUUAUUUAAGAUAGGCAUGUUUCAUAGGACAGAUGAUAUCGUGUAAUGGAUAUUCUCCUCGCCAGCACUUUAUUUAUCCUUCUACAUGCGCUCCUCCAAACACAUAUUAUCUCGAUCCGUCUUUACCACCUACCACUCCAAUUCCACCUUUUCCUUAUUUACCGGACGUUUACCAGUUGAGCAUAGAAGCAAAUAUCUUGGGCAAGCGACUCACGUGGAAUAUGGAAGAGUAUGGGGACAACCACAACAAUAUCUCAUCUUUACGCGUUACUACAAACAAUAUCAUCAAACACAUACUUUACGACUAUGCACGAGGCUGGAUUGUGUACGGCACUGCAGACGACAAUUGCCAUGCCACUCGUUUGAAUGCAGACGGAAAUGGACAUAUACCUUUGCAAAUCUAUGACUUUCUCGGAAUGCCUUUUUUAUAUUCUACGCGCUCGAUGUACCAAUUACUCAAAUCAAAUGGAUUGAUUUUCAAGGGGAAUAAAGUUGUUCGCGGGAUAGAUUGUGAUUGGUGGCAAGUCUGCAUGUCGUGGCCUAAUGCUAAUUUUACCCUUGAUUUCUACUCUAGUGUUUACAAUUGGACAGCGUCUGAUCUAUCACCCCAAGUACCUGUCCAAAUUGAAAUUAUGGGUAUGAACGCUAGCGGAUACUCGUUUUCCAAUACUUACGAAUAUUUCGGUUUCAAAAUCAAUAAACCAGAUAAUAAAGUGUUUGAACCUCCAGUAUGUAAAAAGGAUACAAAAGGAGUGUCUCAUGAAUGUGAAAAUUAUUGCAGUACUAUAUCAACAACUUCUCCAACUAUUCAAACAUUAAGCGCCUCUACCAGCCCGACAGUAAGCGCUUCGACAUCAGGAAAUAGAACAUGGUGUUUUAAUUGCGAUGGAAUGACAAGCUUGCAGUAUUGUGACCGUGUAUCGAGAUGUCAAAGUGAAAACGAAGUGUGUUACGUACAAAAAUACACCAGAAGUCUUGACUUGACACUAUUCAGGUCAGGAUGCGUUGAUGCAAAGUAUUGUAACAGCAUUAGUGGACAUAAUGGAUGCCUUCAGUGUUGUAAUGGCAGUUUUUGUAACAGCAAAGGAUGCGGUGAUGAAGGUCUCCAGACGCUUGGGAAACGAGGACCACUAUGCUUUGACUGUACCCAUACUGGUAACAGUGGUAGCUGUAAUACCGUGCAGCUGUGUGACACAAAUCAGGUGUGUACGAUAGAAAAGUAUAAAUGGGGAGAGAACAACGAUCAUUAUAUUAUGGGAUGUACACAUUCACAGGUAUGCACAAGUAAGCGUUCAAUCAAGUCGUUAUCCGUUCGUCACGCCCCUGUGUGUUCCCACUGCUGCCGUACAGAUUUUUGUAACAUGAAUUGCACAUCUACAAACAAUAUAGGGUCAGCUCUAAUUGGGUAACCGGACAUGUUGCUGUGAAGAGCAUCUACCAAUGUGAUUUAUUUAAAAUGAGUUCAUUUUUCUUAUAAAACAAUAAAUUGACAAAGAAAUAGAAAUUCUCUGGUAGUUGUCC